AUGGAGUCCAGGGUUCCUCAGCACAUCCCCAGAGUGUCCUCCUCCAUCAUAUCUCAGCCUCUGUUGGACAACCGAGUGCCCUACGGCCGCCUGCAGCACCCUCUGACCAUCUACCCGAUCGAUCAGAUCAAGUCCUCGCACGUGGAGAACGACUACAUCGACAGCCCAGCGGUCGUCUCCCAGCAGCCGUCGGGUCAGAAGGCAGCGAGCAGACGGAUCAACUGGGCGGGUCCCAACCAAGACGGGUUCGUGGGGGCCAACCACAACAACCAUCACAAUCACCAGCAGCACCACCAUCAGGGCCGGUGCGAGCCUCACCACGACGCUACCACCCACCCGUGGAUCUCCUUCAGCGGGCGGCCCAGCUCCAUCAGCAGCAGUAGCAGCACGUCGUCCGAACAGAGGCUGCUGGAUCACGCUGCGCCGAACCCCACCGUGGAUCACCAUCCGAACCUGCACCUCCACCAGGGCCUCGUCAACACAGUUUCCGGUCAAAGUCCGGGAUGCUUGACUUCUUCAGAACCGAAAGUCCUCACCACCUCUUCCUCCGUUUCCUCGUGCGCCUCCUCCACUAAAUCGCUGGACCUCAAGUCUGGGAAACUGCCCACAGGGGGCCAACAGGGGUUGUCGCUUAUUCCGUCAACCCCGGCCGAGAAGAAGCACCUCCUCCUCUGUGAACACUGCGGUAAGUGCAGAUGCACCGACUGCACCCUUCCCCGGACCCUGCCCGCCUGUUGGGUCUGCAACCAGGAGUGCCUGUGCUCCGCUCAGAGCCUGGUGGACGCUGCCACCUGCAUGUGCCUGGUCAAGGGGAUCUUCUACCACUGCACCGAAGAUGAGGACGACGAAGGCUCCUGCGCCGACAAGCCCUGUUCGUGCUCGCAGGCUAACUGCUGCGCGCGCUGGUCCUUCAUGGCCGCCCUUUCCGUCGUCCUGCCUUGUCUGGUGUGCUACCUGCCGGCCACGGGCCUGGCUAAACUGGGACAGAAGUGUUACGACAACGUCAGCAGACCCGGCUGCCGCUGCAAGAACUCGCAAGGGGUGGUCUCGGUGUGUAAAAACGGAGCCGUAGAAGCGAAAGCGGGAACACUUGACAAGCAGCGGCAGGGGUCGUGA